CCCCCCUAAUCAUGUGAUAGACGCUCAAUUCACUCAGGACACUUUAAACAGUUGGACAAGAAGUUGUUUCGUAACUUUCGGGGAAGUUUUUUCAGCGUCAGCCUAAAGUGUGUCUUUUAGAUGUGUUUCAUGCCAUUGUGAUCCGGGUUGUUGCUGUCGUCUGCGGUCCUUCAUAACGGCGCACUUUUAACUUGAGGAAUAUUCACUGACAAAAUUCCAGCCAUGCUCAGGUGUGACCCAAUAAAGCCAGACAUGUCAUUUUACCCGACUUACCUGAUUAAACCUACACCUGAGGCAUUUGGAGUCGUAUUGUCACCUUCCGUGGUCCCUACUUCCACAGCUCACCUAUACUCUCCUCACUACCACCAAGCACAUUACUCCUACAUGAGCCCCCUUCACACAUACCCUCAGUCCCAGGAUGUCCGUCAGUCCCAGACUGAACCUGUCGACUUGACCACCAAAAGAUCCUCCAUUUCGUCGCCUUCCUCAUCUCUGGCAUCAUCAUCACCCAGAGCCACUCCCCCAUCCCCUUUUGAUUGCUCCAGUCCGGUGUCACGUCCUCGCCUUGGCUCCGGCUCCGGCUCCGGCUCUGUAACAGGAAGCACUUCUGGUUCAUCUCAGACAAGGCUGACCCCACCACUGGCCCUUCCCAUUCCACCGGUUUUGACAUCUAUUGUACCAGUACUUUCUAUGCUGCAGCCGUUAUCUGUGCUCUACCCUCCUGCCCUACACCUGUCUCCCUCCAUCAUGAUAUCACCCGUCACACCUGAGGAUCCUACUAACCACACACAGUUCUCUAUAAUGAAGUCAGAGAAUCAUCCAGACAACCAUGAGCUCCUCAAGCCAAUCAAAUCAGAGCCCUACCCUGAACACGCUCAGGAUUCCUACAGCCAGGAACUAACCUCACCCAUCAUUACUGUCCCACCAAGUUAUGAGGGAAACACACACUCUGUGAUUGUACGUCGAAAGGUAGAGUCUCCAGAUCCACUGAAGAAGCGUCGAAUUCAUUGCUGUGACUUCAAUGGCUGCAAUAAAGUCUAUACCAAAAGCUCCCACCUGAAAGCUCACAGACGCACACAUACAGGUACAUAG